GAUUGGUUUGUACUGGCCGUGCUCCCAUUGACAUUGGGUAGAGUUCAUGUAAGUUUGUAGCAGUCAUCUGCAGACAACCACACUGUACAGUCAGAAUAUUUUGAAGGAAUAUAAAACCUGCAACAAAACCUCUAAAAUAUGAAUCACAGUCAUUCACAGUGUGCUCCUAUAGUAGGAAAACCACAGGUUUUACUGGACGAUUCUUUCAUUAGUGUUAGAAACUUAAGAGAGGAAGACUGAGGCAAACUGUAGCCGACUCCAUUCAUUCUCUGGAAAAAAAAAUCACACUCUUUGUGGUGGCCGAUAAGAUUUUAACAGCUUGUUGGGGUAGCCUGUCAGAUGCACUAGGACUAAACAUUAACAUUCCUAGGGCAUUUCCAGUAUGUGUGCAUAUAUAUACACAGCUGGAAAAGGAGGAGGAGAAAUCUGGUCAUUUAGAAAGCAUGCAUCAUCAUCCUAACUGGCAACCACUGAAUUCUUUAAGCUGCUUUCAUCAUGUUGAUUCACUGGAGAAAUGAGCUUCCUGGAUCAGACAUGCCAAAUUAUAAACUGGUUCAUUUGCUCUUUGUGUACAUCCCGGUUGCUGAGACUCUGGAAUGGCAGGUGCCCAAGGACCAGGAGGAAUUUGCUAGUUGGCACAGCCUGUGUGAUUUACCUGGGGUUUCUCGUCAGCCAAGUAGGCCAUGUUGUACCACAGCACAGAGCAGGACUUCCAGAAGCAAAUUCUAGGAAUCUCCAAGAUGCUGUCCAGACCCCAUUUCUUGAAAUCCCAUUGGAUGGCACCUUGUCCCUUCCUGAUUUGGAUAGACCCCAGAUGGGGUUGAAUGACACCUCAGCACUGCCCAACGUGGUCUACAUCACCCUGCGGUCCAAGCGUAGCAAACCAGCCAACAUCCGAGGCACUGUGAAACCCAAGCGAAGGAAGAAACAAGCAGUCCCUUUGCACAAUGGAAAUAGCCAUCCAGUGGCUAUCAAUGGACAGGAGAAGCCUUUUGUUCAAGAGUCACUUCAUAGGACUCGUAAUUCUGUAGGAAUGAGGAGAGCAGGAGCAGUGCCUGAGAAAGCAAAGCAGCACCAGGAGGACAACAAGCAGAAGGCAUUGCCCCCAAAGGGUAAGAGACACUGGAGACCUGUGGCAAUGGUAAGAGAUGCUAAUAUUCGACCCAGUGCUCAGGAGAGCAAUAUCAGGAUAUACAGUGAGAGCUUACCACCUUGGCUGAGCAAAGAGGACAUCUUAAGUAUGCGUUUUUUGGCAGACUCCAAGAUAGACAGUAUUCAAGAGGCACCUUCUGAACAUGGAGUACUUCUGGUAUUUGGGAGGACUGCUGCUAUUAACAGGUCAGCCAAAGGAGAUGUUUGUAGCCAAGGACACUGUGGCCUCCUCAAGAGACCUCUUGACUUGAGUGAAGUGUUUGCCUUCCAUUUGGACAGGAUUCUGGGGCUGAACCGAACCUUGCCUACAAUAAGCAGAAAAUCGGAAUUUGUCCAAGAUAAUAAUCCAUGUCCUGUUAUUCUUUGGGAUCCCUCCAUGGCUCAGACAGACAAUGAGACACACUCUUCAUUGAAACUAACCUGGGGAGUUUACAAGCAGCAACUAAAACAGAAGUGCUGGCAAAAUGGCAAAGUGCCCAAAGCAGAGUGGGGAUGUACAGAUGUCCAUUACCAUGAAUGGUCCAAGAUGGCACUCCUUGAUUUUCUUUUACAGAUCUACCACCGCUUGGAUAGGAACUGCUGUGGAUUCAAACCACGCAAGGAAGAUUCCUGUGUACAGAAGGGACUGAGUCUGCAUUGUGACAACCAGGAUAACAUUGUUUUGACACACAUUGUUCAGAGCCACGAUAACCCUAGACAUUUGGUCCUUAUCGAUAAUAAAGGUUUCUUUGACAGGAGUGAAGACAACUUAGAUUUCAAACUAUUGCAAGGCAUAAACGAGUUCCCUGAAUCUGCGGUCUCAGUGCUGAAAAGCCAUCGUUUGCGAGAAAAACUUCUGCAGUCUUUGUUCCUGGACAGAAUUUUUUGGGAUAGCCAAGGAGGUCGCCAAGGAAUUGAAAAACUCAUUGAUGUGAUAGAGCGGAGGGCUAAAAUCCUUCUUACCUACAUUAAUGCUCAUGGGGCAAAAGUACUACCAAUGAAUGAAUGAGUAAAAUAGUCUCAUUCCAAUGAAAGGUCACAGGGCUUUUAAAACGUUAAAUAAGGAAACAUGCACACCUGACAAAAACCUGUUGAUACUUUUAAUUCUUUUUUUCAUUUUCAAAGGGCACAUAUCUACAAAUGAUAAAUUUAACAUUUAAAAAUAAGUAUUCUGUGAAUGUAAACUGUGACAUAAGCACCAACUUGUUGCUUUAUAAAGUCAAAUAUAUACUCAUUUACUUGUUUGUUUCCACUUUGGAAAUCAAAACACCUUCCAGCAACACAACAGAAUUUUCACCGUUUAUUUGAUUUUAAUGUGAGUAAACUUGCAGAGCAAUGCAAUGCAUUUGUAUUCAGGAGUAAGCCUCAUUAUUUCAGUGGGUCUUACUCCCAAGGAAGUGUGUAUAGGAUUGCAGCCAUAAAGGUGCUUAUCACAUUG